AUGCCUAGGAGCAAAGUGAAACUUGCUUUCAUAGAAAACAAGAAGGCAAGGAAAAGCUCCUUCAUGAAAAGAAAGGAAUGCCUGAAGAACAAGCUGAAGGAGCUGUGCACCCUAUGCGGCAUCGAGGCAUGCGCCAUCAUUUAUAGCUCAUACGAACCUGGACUCGAGGUGUGGCCCGAAGACAACACUGCUUUCCAAAAUGUGUUGAACGCGUUCGUUACGAAGUUACCCAUGGAGAGGAACAAGUUUAUGUCCAACCAGGAUAGCUACAUUAAAGAAAGGAUCAGCAAGGUCGACGGUCAGAUCAAGAAGCAGAUCGUGACGACCCGGGAUUUUGUGAAGGCAAACUUGAUGUCAGAAUGCUUGAGUGGUAAAGUCUCACUUGCGGGCUUGAACUCAAAAGAUUUGAAUAAUCUUGGGUCAUUCGCUGGUCAUAAACUCCCAGAAAUUGAGGAGAGGAUUAAGGUUCUCAAAAGUGAUGCCCCUGCAUCACAGUUGCAACUACCAGAACCGAAGGAAGUUGUGGGUUGUAGCGACACUGCUAGCCAUAUGGCGGCUGCAGGAACAAAUGUCGAUUGCUAUGUACCAGUGAUGGAAAACACUGGUUGGUACCCGCCUGACUGGACUAGUGAUCAUGUAGAGCAUGGUUUGGAUCCCGUUCCAGGGUUCAACAUGAUGAACUCAUUUCCUGAUGACCCCAUUUUUUCGUGGUCUGAUGCAUACAUUCCGAAGAAAACAGGUUGA